AUGGGCCACUAUAUCACCAGUCGCCUUCAUCAGGCGCUCACUUUGAUGGCAAGCUUGACCAGCGUUGUCGUCGCUGACUCAUUGUGGCCCCUUCAAAGCUACAAGAGUUCCUCAAUUCAAACUCCAUACAUGAACGUCACAAAGAUGGGCCAAACCGAGCCCGGAUAUCUAUUUCUCACCCCGGAAGAUAUAUCCCGAGGAACUGGGCAUCCAGCUAUCUAUUCAGAUGACGGUCAAUUAGUAUGGCAAGGCGCCAAUGGAAACUAUUCCGCCCUCCAACCCCAAAUCCUCAACGGCGAGCCGGUCAUCGCCUACUGGACCGGAUAUAAUGGCAUAGGAUUUGGGUUCGGGCAUAUCAGCAUCUUGAACAGUUCAUACGACGAGAUCCACCGCGUCACACUUUCCUGCCAAGAGCAGAAUAUCGUUACAGUGUUUGAUACGAUGACAUUCGACUCAUGUAUUGAUAUUCACGAAAGCCAGAUUACUGAAAAUGGCACGAUUCUCGUUACUGCGGUCAACGUCACUCAGGCUGAUCUGAGCUCUAUUGGUGGAGAGAAAGAUGGCUGGAUCCAGGAUGGUCUUAUCUACGAGAUUGACAUUGCGACAAACGAGAUCCUUUUCCGAUGGAGUGCUCAUAACCACCUUGCUCAGGUCCCCUUGGCUGAUGUUUGGGCUCCACUCCAGGGGUCAGGGGGCUCAGGUGUCAAUUCCACAUAUCCUUUUGGAUAUCCCCAUCUAAACGCUAUCUACAAAUAUGGCGAUAACUACCUGGUGUCGUCGCGCUAUAUGUGCAGCGUAUUUUUCAUUGCUCAGAAUGGAACGGUCAUCUGGCAUUUGCAUGGCCGAACUGGUGGUGAUUUCACAUUGGGUCUCGGAACCAGUUUCUGUUACCAGCAUGACGUCCGCUUUGAGUCUCAAAGCAGCGAGCGUGUAACGUUGAGCAUGCACAAUAACGAUAACACCGGUUUCACGGGCCACACAGCACUGACCACGGGCCUUGUUCUUGAUGUUGAGCUGCAAGGCUCAAAAAAGGUCACUCUGGUUAGUCGAAUGUGGGAUGCUGAGGAGCCCGUAUACGCCGAGUCUCAGGGUAGCUACCAGAGCCUUGGAAACGGACAUGUCCUGCAAGAUCAUGGCGCCACGCCAAAGAUCGAGGAGUUCGAUGAGAAUGGCGCAAUCGUGAUGCGCGCUCGUUUCGGUUACGACAAUACGAUGCAGACUUAUCGCACAUACCGUUACCCCUGGGUUGGUAGCCCAUCUACGAAACCUGAUGUUGUGGCUUGUCCGACGAGCAAAGCUGGAAAGACGGCGGUCUAUGUGAGCUGGAAUGGAGCCACGGAUGUGCAGUCUUGGAAGGUAUAUUCUGGGUCCGAGCUCAAGCAGGCUGUUCCGCGGAAUGGUUUUGAGACUACCAUUAUAGUUGCUGGACUUUCGAAUGGCGAUUCAGUGGUCGUGGAAGCAGUGGGUGGUAUGGGUAAUGGAACUAGAUCCGAGUCGAUCACUGUUGGCGAGGGUUGCUGA